AUGGAUAACCUUAAGUGCAUCCAGGACUACUUGGGGGUUCACAUCAUCCUAGACCGAUCGCUUGGUGUCCAAGACUCUAAUGCACUUUCUGCAUUCGAGAAGUUCAAUCCUUCUAAUACUGACGGCAUUGUUGUUCACAUUCAGGUUGACAAGGGUUCCGUGGUACAGAUUGUUGCAGUUAGUUUUCUCAAGCCAGGGUGGACAAUUCAUGAUGCCAAAAACAUAGUGCUAGCUAGUAAGGAAGAAUGGCUACAUCAGGCCAGCGCAAUGUUCCUGAAUGGCCCCGACUAUGCAAAAACUCAACAACCGCAUUUUCCGUCCUCGCAUUAUUCACAACAAGCAUUAGGUGGGCCCCAUUUUAAGAAUGGGCAAAUGUCACCAAAACUGCAACAGUCUCCUCCACAAGAGGUGGUCAAGAAACCCUCUAGACCCACAUUGUUCAACUUGUUAGAGGCAUUGGCCAGCGACAAUCUUACUACGGUUGAACAGCGGCGGUGCAUAAGGGGGAUAGUUACCGAUUUUCUCACAAACGAGAUUCCACAUGGGAAGGUGUAUGCGUACAUUGGGGCCAUAAUUGGCCAUGAUACGUUGCACAAUGUAAUACGGUCGCUGGAGAAUGAUGUGAACAGAUCGUCGGUUCUUGAUCCACAGGGUUUGAUGCGUAUAGAAGCUGCAUUUGGCCUCAGCAGUGCCAAUGCAUCACAAAUGACGACUGGUUCAACGGACAAGCCGAACGAUAGCCAGAUGCCGCAGCAGACAGAAGCUGCAACAACAGCGGACGCCCAACAAUUUGGGUUCGGUGCAACAAACAAGGAGGAAAUUCUAAGGGUGAUUAGACGUAAUUUGAACGCGAAAAAAGUGCAGGGUUCUACCCGUCUAAACGGAGUAACGGGAUAUCCUGCAGCAGCUGGAUUACUUCAAAAAACCUGCUGGUUGCCUGUGCGUAGGCCUUUGUCAUCCGGAUCAAUUUACGGCCAUUCUAUGAUUUGCGUGGGCGGAAAAGCUUAUUUCAUCGGAGGAUCUUCUGAGCGGGGGAAACCGCCCAGCUUCUCCAGUACAUACUCAGUGUCACUGGUUGACUUUACCUCCAGGCAAAUAGGUCUGUCAGGGGAUAUACCGUCGCAAAGGGAAUACAAUUCAUGUAAUUUCGCAAUUUUACGCGGAGUGCAUAGCGUGGUAUUAUUUGGCGGGUUCGAUGGUACUAAGUUUCUCAACGAUUUGCAUAUUUUGGAUAUGGAGACUAGGGUAUGGUCGCUCGUAAUUGUAAAUGGGCGAUUGCCUCCGCCUAGAGAUCAGCACACAGCACUAAUUUACCCUGCUAGAUCUGAUCUUGGGGACACAGCCUCUAAGAGUAUAAAAAAUGCGGAGUAUUUGUUCAUAUUCGGCGGUCGCACAGGAACUCGACAAUUUGUUCAGUGCCUCAAUGACAUGUGGGCCUUCCGUUUUGAUUCCAGCACUUGGAUUCAAGUGCUGACGGAUGAGCCUGUACCACUGCCUAGAUUUGGAAUGGAUGCGGUUUGGACAGACGACUUCAACUUGUGUGUGUUUGGCGGUGAGACUAUUCAACAUUCACAUUCACCCUUUGGAUCUGGAAGGAAUCUUGCUUCUGGUACUCCAAAGCGCCAUUUGUUGAGCGACUUAUGGCUAUUUAAGCUUAUAACUAUUCGCGUCGAUGACACAGACCACUCCAUUGUGGGCUGUUGGACUCAGGAGUCGUACGAUGGGCACAUCGGCCCUAGAUCGCAUUACAAGGCAAUUUUUAUAGCGCAGCGCUUCAAAGAAAUUCGCACUGGUGAACCUAGGACGGUUGAGCGCCUUAUGCUGCUAUCGGGAGGCUUGACCUAUUCGGACCGUGGACACAGGCUUACUCCACCAAACACUGAGUCGAAAGAUUCGUGUGGAGUUGAGGCAUCCACAGAUCAGAACAGAUCCAAUCUAUCACCUGUGGACUGCCAUAGGGACGAUGCCGGCGUCCAAGGUGUCCAAGGUAGGAUAGUUGCUUCUGACAAGAUAUUUGUAUAUUUUUUUUCCCAGCACAGGUGGUAUUCGUUGAAGCCCAACUACGCGGGAGAUUUGAAGGGUGAUUCAUUUGGUCCGCGACAGCUACAUGUUAUGUGUUUUUUUGAGAAACGCAACCUCACUAGCCCCGAGUACCGCCCUCCUGUGCCUUGCAUUUUUAUCCAUGGCGGAUAUCACAAGAAGAAGGUUUUAUCUGACGCUUGGGUACUUUCACUUACUGGAGAAGAUCCAUUUGUCACCAUAAGUGGGAUGAAGACUAGGCAAGGAGGGGUGGUACCGCCGGGACAUCCCAAUGGUUCUAUGGCUAAUAUCGACAAGAUACCUCCUAGUUUGCGUACUUACCCGCCCUGGUAUUGUAGGGAGACACACUCUCCCAGUCUGCUUUGGGCAUUUUGUGGGAUGCAAAAGUGGGCUUUUGGGCCAUUUUCUCACAUCUUGCACAAUUCUUUAUCUUCCAAUGCUUUGGCAUCUAACGUCCACGUCAGGUACCAGCUUGGGCCUGAAGAUGAACCCAUGUUAUCCAUCCAGGACGACGGGCACGGCUUGGACUAUGUAACUAUGAACAAGUUGCUCAAGCUUUUUGGGCAUAUGAACUUAGGCGGACAGGGUGAGAUCCCUAGUUACAGCUAUGGAUGCGGAUUCAAGUUAGCUUUCAGUCGCCUGGCCACGAGCUGCGUGAUAAUGUCACGGACGCAUAAUACAAUUGGGAUAGGAAUGAUAUCUCAAGAACUGAUGAGUCAAUGUGAGUCUAAGGAAAUGGUUACACCUCUGUGUAUGUGGAAGCUUCCUAACAAGGAGUUUAUUAGUACUGAUAACGCGGCAGAUCAGAGACACCACCAGCGAUUGCUCAUGUCCUACAGCCCCUUUGGUACCCCAACCCUGCUGGCUGAGCAGAUCAAUAUGCUUGGAACCUUUCCUGGGACAAUAAUCCUAUUUUGGAACAUGCGCACUGAUUUGGACAAUGUGGUAUGGGACCCUAGUGAGGGUUGUUUUAUGCUGAGUAGUUGCCUGCAGCCUGGAGCCGGUGGUCCAAUUAAUUCCAGCAAGAAUGGAAAAGAAUCAACUGUUAGCGCAGGCACUGGGGACGAUAUGCAAGUAGACACUAACAAUGGUAGUGUCAGUAGUACUGUGACAAAUAAUUCGGGGGUUGGGAUAUAUAAUCAGAUAUCGAAUGCCCAGGGGUUUCCCAAUAUGCCUGAAUUUCCAUUGUGGAAGAAGGCUCGUUAUUCCAUCGAUUAUUGCCUGCCUACCUACCUGUUCUGGUCCCAUUUGAAGAGCCCUGCCUGUAUUUACAGUCAGGGCACGCUGCUUAAGGGGAAAUUGGGGCCUAAACUUCAGCACAAGAGGUACGCCUGCAAUGACCCCUCCUGUGUCUAUUGUGAAGUAUCCCCGAUAUGCAACAACACCUUACCCAUUGGCUAUACCAACAACCUGUACGACUUUCUAAAAUCAAACCUUCACCACUGCGCCGAAUUGAUAUGUUUGUUCAGUCCUCAAGACCAUUAUCAGGGUGCUGGAGCUCUGAUUGGGUUCUUAAAUGACUUUAAUACACCGCUCCAUAAUCGCAUUUGUGAAGCAGGUAUCCUGCUAUACUUCAAGAACCGCCUAAUCAGACGCUACGAAUCUACCUUCCCAGAGUCUUCUGAGCUACUUGACUCUGCCAUUUUACCUCCCCUGCCCACGCUGUUUGAGGGACAGGUCUACAAGUAUGGGCUUACUGCGGCGAUUAGUGUACCUGAAUGGCUUGUACCAUCUGUGACCAAGCAGGAGUUCAUUCAUGAGGGUAAUGCCCCUUACAUAGUUUUUCAGAAGAAGCUCAAGGCGCUAAUUAUUGAGUAUUUGAAGGUCUGCCGUGACCCCAACCUUCUGAAUGACUGGGUUGAAAAUAAAAACAAGGUGACAGAUAUGCACAGCGAUAAGGUUGCUUCAGAUUUUGCCUCUAGCUCUGAAGAUGAAUAUGUGCCUGCAAUCGAUUCUACCCAUCACUCCCCCCGAACCUAA